AUGGCUGCCCAAUCCCCCGCCACCCGCCCGCUUGACUGCAUUGAUGCGAUCACAAAGCUUCACUUCACGUUCAAGAACCGUGGGGUGAAUCAUGCUUUCACGGGCCUCGCCGGCACGGUCGUCCGCAUGUUCAGCUUUUUACAGGCGAUCCAGCGCCAUCCGCCUGAGUACAGCGCCGAGCCCGAGUCUUUCCUUACGCGCCAACGGCCCACCGGCAACCUAGUUCUCGCCGUCGAAGUCUCGUCAGGCUCGCUGCAGCAAGCACGCAAUGUUCUUCGCGACCUGGAUCUCCAGAGGCACCCAAAUGGAGAACCUUCGCAGGUUGUCUGCCAGUUCCUCCUCAAGACUCACCAUCCCUCCCAGCGCACGCACAACGACCCCUGGAACCCCCAGGAAUGCCGGAUCGAGCGCGGGCCACAGACCUUCAGGAUUCCGACGGAGCCAGUCGUCGAGGCGCAGUGUCGUCGUCUCCGCCCACUCAUCACUGUCUCCGAGACGCACCUCAAUGAAGGCUAUGGCCGUACCCACCUUCCUCCGCCACCGCUGGAGGCCGGCUGCUUCAGCUCAGAGUGCUUCGCCCAGAUCAUCGCCAACGACUAUCUCCAUGAGCCUCGUCUCUACGACCUCAAUCCUUCCGAGUGGAAGGCAGAAGUCGUGCGCCUGUUCAGCCAAACGGAGUAUCACACGAUGCGGAACGCCCUGGUCCGACUUGUCGAGCGCACGCUCGUGCAGCAGGGCGACCGUUUCAUUACGCUUCUGGCGCUCUCGGCGGCGGUUCAGGAGGAAAGCGAGAUCCACAAUCGCUGGCUCCUGCCAGCUGAGGACGACGAGCGCAUGAACAAGCUCACCGGGGAGAGGAGCGAGAUCUUCAAGCUGGUCAUUCAAUGCUUCCAUCUGCCGUACGAGUCGGAGUUCGUCCCCGCCGCCCGCUAG